UUAUAGGAUAAUCUUUCGUCACUGUCUAUAAAGAAAGGAGGGGGUCCUGUUGCCUGUGCGGAUAAUCUUUCUUUGUGUAAUUUCAACACAAUUAAUUAAAUUCUCUGCUAUUAUUACUAUACUGAAUGAGCAUAUAUCGGUCGGUUAAAUUGAAACCCUCGUUUUGGUCUGCAAAUUUGAAUCUUGUGCGUUUCCGAUGCUCUGCGAGUUUGAAAGUAAAACCGUCGGCAAAUAUGGAAGCACCGAUUCUCAUUCCGACGCAUAAAUACGCAGCGGGAGCUCUGUUCGCGCUGGCGCUUCACCAGUCUCAGAUACACCAAGCUCGGCCAUCAACUCCUCCUUUACCUUCUCUUGAAAAAGAGACCAUCAGCGAAGGUGCGAGCAUCGGCAAGACCGUCUCGGUUUCGGACAAUUCCGACCUUUGGAUCCACGAGAAUUCUGGUUUGAUUUAUCCCGUUUUCCGGUUUUUAGGAGUGGAUGAACAAUCCUGGAAGGGGAUAAAGGAAACUGCUGGAUCUUCGUCACAAGUUAGGCAUCAUGUAGGAGCGUUGAUGACCUUACUAUCAGAGGGAACUACUGAUGGGCCUUCUUCUGAAAAAACUGACAAGGAAUGCGCUUUGACAAAAACCGUUGAUGCCAUGGCUCUUAGUGAGGAAGAGUCUCUUGUUCAUUCAGCAGAAAACCCUGUGGAUUCUGAAUAUGAAGCUAAAUGCCGCGAAAGAUAUGAAGUUCCUGAGACGAAACCGGUGUCUGAGGUUUCUGCGAAGCCUUUUGAGAUUAUAAAGAGGACAAGUUCUCAGUCAUCCACUGAAGAAAAAGUACCAGAUGUAUCUGAACCCCUUGAGGAACCUGUGGAAGAGGGAAACCUGAUCAGUUACGAGAGGAAAGUAACUGUUCUUUUUGCACUUCUUUCAGCCUGUGUGGCAGAUAAUACUGAAGAUGGCAAUAAAUGUUCCAAAGUACGGAAGGGUUAUGAUGCUCGACACCGUGUGGCAUUGCGGCUGCUGGCAGCAUGGCUUGGGGUUGAGUGGCUAAAAAUGGAAGUUAUGGAGGUGAUGGUUGCUUGUUCUUAUAUGGCUUCAAUAAAAGAAGUUACUAAUGAAGACAAAACAAAAACUUCAGAAAUCUCAUGGGAGGAAAUGAAGAGGGGAGGUAUGAUUGGUGCAGCUGCUUUAACUGGAGGAACCUUGAUGGCUAUCACUGGAGGCCUAGCUGCUCCUGCAAUUGCACAAGGAUUGGGUGCUCUAGCUCCUGCAUUAGGUGGUAUUAUCCCUGCAAUUGGAGCAAGUGGCUUCGCUGCUGCAGCAACUGCCACAGGGUCUGUUACCGGCUCUCUUGCUGUUGCUGCAUCAUUUGGAGCUGCUGGAGCUGGACUUACGGGGAACAAAAUGGCUAGAAGGACCGGCAGCAUUGAAGAAUUUGAGUUCAGAACAAUUGGAAAUUAUGAUCAAGGACGGCUAGCAGUGGGAAUAUUGGUUUCUGGACUUGUUUUUGAGGAUGAAGAUUUUAUAAGGCCUUGGGAAGGUCAAAAUGAAAACUUGGAAAGGUAUGCCCUCUGGUGGGAGUCUAAGAAUUUGAUUGCAUUGAGCACUGCAAUCCAAGACUGGCUUACUUCAAGAAUUGCCUUAGAGUUGAUGAAAGAAGGUGCCAUGAUGACUGUAUUAAACACCCUUCUAGCAGCAUUUGCUAUGCCGGCAACAUUAGUUACAGCAUCUGAUCUUAUAGAUAGCAAAUGGGCAGUUGCAGUGGACAGAUCAGACAAAGCUGGGAAGAUGCUUGCUGAAGUGUUGUUGAAGGGACUGCAAGGAAACAGGCCUGUGACGCUCAUAGGGUUCUCGCUGGGGGCCAGAGUAGUUUUCAAAUGUCUCCAAUGCUUGGCUGAAACAGAAGGGGAUAAUGCUGGUCUUGUAGAAAGGGUUGUUCUGCUUGGAGCACCAAUUUCAAUUGAAGAAGAAAACUGGACGGACGCUAGAAAGAUGGUGGCCGGUAGAUUUGUGAAUGCUUAUUCUAUAAGCGACUGGACACUGGGAAUUGCCUUUCGUGCGAGCUUACUUUCUCAAGGUUUAGGUGGAAUUCAACCUGUUGAUGUUCCUGGGAUUGAGAAUGUUGAUGUGACUCAACUUGUUGAAGGCCAUUCUUCUUAUCUUUGGAAGACAAAACAGAUCUUGGAGCAGCUUGAACUCGACUCUUACUACCCUGUUUUCAGAACUACACUCCAACCCCAGGAAGAUAAUAAUUGUGUAAAUUAGUAGUGUUUCUCAAACUAAGAAGCGUAACAAGUGCAAAAACAGAAAGACAAGCUGAAGCUACUUGAGUUGAGAUUAUCUUUAUUAUUAGAAUUAAUUAAUUUAAUGACAUUGAUUUCUAUAACGAACGACAGUUGAGUUAGAUAGAUGCCAAAUUAGUUGAAGGAACAGGACUCUUGGACACGAAGCCUCCUUUCCACCAACUCCUCAGACAUGAUUACAUUUUACCAUCAAUCAAUUCGUUAGUUUUAUGUCUUCGCCUCAGUACUCGAGCCCUCCUCCUCAGUAGUGGCCCAGCGAGCAGUCGGUUCCUUCCUUGGUUAAAGUGAUCGUUUUGGUCCGAAAAGCUGGACACUUGAGAAAAAAGGGUUCACUUAUAGCAAGCAAUGCCUAAAUUGUUUCUUGAACCUUUGUUCAUCUUUUGUCUUCCAGACGGCACUCUAUCCAAAGUGUUUGUGCACUAUUAUAUUAUUAAAGCAUUUUUGGUCUCUUA